CGCGCUCCGCUGCUUCGUCUGCUCCAUCUCGUUCGGUCGCUGACGUUCCCUCGCGCGCUUUUAAUCGUUCCUCGUUGUCUGAGAAAAUGGCUGCCGUACGCCGCGCUCGCAGUGACUCCCGCUGCGUAGUUCGCUUUUCUGACCGAGAACUCUGCUAAAUUUGCUUCCCUGCUUGGUACCCGUUCGAGAGGGAGGUGAAUAAGAGUCCAAAAAGAGACCCGGCGGCCCUUGAGAGGGGGGGCGGAAACCUUCAACCAACCGGAGAGGCCGCCCUAGUUCGAAACGGCCAGAGCGCUGCAGUUGGACGAGAGUGACAGUUGGACGGACGGCCUGGCUGCCUCAGCCUCGGCCUCAGCAUGGCACAAGGAGAAGAAGAUUGUUGCUCUGACAUAGUAAAGGAGGAUGACAAUGACAGUUCUGGUGAAGCAAAUCUUGAGGCAGAGCUUCAGAUGUUCAGAGCCCAGUGGAUGUUUGAACUUACCCCAGGGGGGAGCUCUACAGGUCUGGAAACUCGAUCCUGCAGAACAAGAGGGUCUUUAUUAAAGACCAUAGAUACCAAAGGGAAACUCGAACUUGCAAAAGAGGAAAAGGCAAGAGAACUGUUCCUGAAGGCAGUGGAACAAGAGCAAAAUGGGGCUCUUUAUGAAGCUAUUAAGUUUUACCGUCUGGCUAUGCAAUUGGUCCCAGAUAUUGAGUUUAAAAUUACCUAUACCAGAUCUCCAGAAGGCGACAGUAUUGGGAAAAGCUACAUUGAAGAUAAUGAGGAUGAUAGCAAAAUGGCUGACCUUCUCUCUUACUUUCAACAACUCACUCUUCAGGAAUCAUCCAUCAAACUGUGUCAGCCUCAGCUUGAUCUGAGUCAGACUCAUAUCUCAGUGUUGCCUAUGGAGCUGUUAAUGUAUAUUUUUCGAUGGGUAGUUUCCAGUGAUCUGGACCUGAGAUCUUUAGAACAGUUAUCAUUGGUCUGCAGAGGUUUUUACAUUUGUGCCAGGGAUCCUGAGAUCUGGCGUCAAGCUUGCUUGAAGGUUUGGGGCAGGACAUGUAAUAAAAUGGUUCCUUAUACCUCAUGGAGGGAAAUGUUUGUGAAAAGACCUAGAGUUCGAUUUGAUGGGGUAUAUAUCAGCAAGACAACAUACAUUCGUCAAGGAGAACAAUCUCUUGAUGGAUUCUAUCGGGCAUGGCACCAAGUGGACUAUUACAGGUACCUGAGAUUUUUCCCAGAUGGCCAAGUAAUUAUGCUAACAACUCCAGAAGAACCUCAGUCUAUUGUUCCUCGAUUACGGACUAAAAAUACAAGAACUGAUGCAAUCCUGCUUGGACAUUAUCGCCUUUCCCAGGAUACAGACAAUCAAACCAAAGUAUUUGCUGUAAUGACAAAGAAGAAAGAAGAGAAACCAAUUGACUAUCACAAGUUCAGAUAUUUCUGUCGUGUCCCUGUGCAAGAAACUGAUCACAGUUUUCAUCUAGGGUUACAGCUGAAUUCCAGUGGCCGUCAGAAAUUUAAUAAACUCAUUUGGAUUCAUCAUUCUUGCCACAUAACUUACAAGUCUACUGGUGAGACAGUAGUCUCUUCUUUUGACAUUGACAAGAUGUACACCCCUUUGUUCUUUGCACGAGUGAAGAGCUUUACUGCAGUUUCAGAACGGCCUCUCUGAAAAGCUCAUGUUUCUUGCAUGAAAGAAAUUACAGCAAACAACACUUAAGUUAUAAAUGUGAGUGUGUCUGUGUGUGUGCGUGUGUGUAUGGAUGGAUGUGUGAGUGUGUGUGUGUGUGUACAGGCGUGAACACACAGACAUAUAUAUAUAUAUAUAUAUAUAUGAAUUUUAUUUUAAAAUUGGGAGAUCUUUUUGGAAGAAUAUAUACUGGAAAUACAUUUGAUUUAGGGUGGCAGGGUUAUCUUUCUGGUUUUGAUGUCAAAUUUACAUUUUAUUUUAAAAUUGUUUAUGUUGUGAAAAGACUUUGUAAGAUACAAGGCAUUUUUUGCCAUCUCAUUUUAUGAGCAAAAUUUAUAAGCUGUUCUCUUUACAAAGUAAGGCUUCAUCUGCCUAUGCACCUUAAGUUCAGGAAUUGUUAUAAACAUACUGCUGUACAUAAAACAUUGUGUGUGUGCUUGGGGAAGGCUCAAAAUGUGAAGAAUUUGUCCUGCAUCUGUACGUGGCCUAUAAAUGUAUAAUAGAAAUUCAUGUAUUGGGAUUACCUUUCAGGAAGAGAUGCUGAUUUCAGUAUAAAUUACAGCUUUAUGGAAGAAAAAAAAGGAAAAGCAAAAGGUGAAAGUUCAGCUUUAGAUAUCAACAUCUUUUUUUUUAGAAUUACUUGGUUUUAAAUAAUCAUAAUAAUCACUUCAGAAGUUACUAGGUUUUGAGUUGAUGAUGACAGGACAGCCACAUUGCUGCAUUGAUUGCGUUUGUCUUCUGGAUCCAGGAAGUGAACACUAAAGUGUAUCAUCUGAAUUCUCUUAUGCAAACAAACAGGGCUGCAUUUUGUAUUGUUUUGUUUUUAGCUCAUCUGCUAACUGCUAAAAAUGCUGUACACCUCUUGGGUGUUUUGUAACAUUUAACCUUUUCUUUUGGGAUGCCUACAGAUGUUCAGGUACUGUGUGCUGCUUCUCCUGUGUAUGUAAUUUGGGAAUUGGAUGCGACUGCUGUAUUUCACCUAUCAUAAAUAUGUAUUUACUCAUACAACUCACCGUUCUAAAUGUUUUCCUUUUACCAAGUUGUGUUUUUUUUAUUUUAUUUUUGGGGGGCAUAUGGAUGAAAUAAAGGUUACUUUGUUUGAAGUUC